UAUUAAUGAGAAUUGAAAAUUGAAGUGAGCGAAGAGCGGCUGUCAAAACAAUUUUUAUUAAAACUUAUAGUUUUUAACGAAAUUAUUCAGAUAAAAUGGCACGAGAAAGCAGCGCUGGUUUCGAUAGACAUAUAACAAUCUUUUCACCAGAAGGAAGGCUUUACCAAGUUGAGUAUGCUUUGAAAGCGAUCAACCAGGGCGGGUUGACAUCGGUGGCGCUGCGCGGCGCGGAGGCGGCGGUAGUGGCGGCUCAGCGCAAGGUGCCGGACCGCCUGCUGGACCCCACCUCCGUCACGCAUCUGUUCCGCAUCAAUGACCGCAUCGGCUGUGUCAUGACUGGCAUGAUUGCGGACUCGCGCUCGCAGGUGCAGCGCGCGCGCUACGAGGCGGCCAACUGGCAGUACAAGUACGGCGCCGCCGUGCCGCCGCACGUGCUGUGCCGCCGCGUGGCCGACCUCUCGCAGGUGUACACGCAGAACGCAGAGAUGCGCCCGCUCGGGUGCAGCAUGAUGCUGAUCGCGUAUGACGAGGAGAGCGGUCCGUGCGUGUACAAGACAGACCCGUCGGGCUACUACUGCUCGUACAAGGCGGUGGCGGCGGGCGCCAAGGCCACGGACGCCAACGCCUACCUCGAGAAGAAGCUCAAGAAGCGCGCGGACCUCAGCACCGACGACGCCGUGCAGCUCGCCAUCUCCUGCCUCAGCCAGGUGCUCUCUGUCGACUUCAAGUCCUCCGAGAUCGAGGUCGGCAUCGUCACCAAGCAGAACCCUAACUUCCAGGUGCUUACAGAGACUGAAAUCGACAGACAUCUCACCGCCAUAGCCGAAAAGGAUUGAAAUCAAUAAAAUUGUCUAUCUUAAUUUUUUAAUAAAAUCUCCUAUGAUUACAA